GAGGUUUGUUCCCACCAAGAUGAGCUUGUUCAGGGUCAACAAUGAGCUAAAAUUAGUGGGAAUUCUACCCCCCAAUUCCACGUACCUGAAUUCCAUUUCCACAACUUCCCGUUUGAAGUUGCAGGUGAUUCCAAACCAGUCACAAGGAGUUUCAUCAUUUGAAUCCCAAUUGUUCAACUCUUGGGCCGAUAAGUUCAGAGAUUGUUUCCAUGAUAGGAGAGUUUGGCCUUGAUGGUCGACGGCAGAGGCGAUUAAAGAGAAGGAGAAAAGCAGGAAUAAUAUGGUGAAGAGGGUCCACUGUUUUGCAUGCAUUUCUACAGCUGUGCUAGGAACUCAAAUGGGAAAAGCAGAAAAGUGUGUCUGAACCCCUAGGCAAAGGGCGAGGACAAAUCAUGUCCUUUUAGCUAAUCUGUUGCUGAAUAUCUCUGAACAUAACCAUGUUCUCUGGUUCCAACAGACCUUCCAGUCUUUGUUGGUCAAGCCAAAUCAAUGAAAUUACAGUUGGCUUCCGUUCAUUUUUAUGAACGAGGAGAGUUCUGUUCUUAUAGUUAAAAAAUCAGAGGGAGAGUGAGAGAGAGAGAGAUAGCCGGAGGGUCCUAGGGAGAGACUAGGGUGAGACUAGGGAGAGACUGAGAGAGAACCUGUUCAAAGAUAAGUUGGGCGAUCCUGUAGAGCUGUUUGAAAACAAACAAAACUGUCUUAGUCUGGACAAAUUGAUGUCCAUACAUAAACUUACAUGCAUUCAUUCUGUUUAGGAAUUAUGUAGAAGAAAACCUGAAAACUGCAGACAAAACUUCAAAAUAAUAAAAAGCAUGUUAGUGGAAGUAGGAUGGAUUGGUAGGUAUAUUAUCUGUUUGAAAGUCCACUUGUUCAUUAUUUGGAUGCGUAAUCAUAUUCUAUGCAGACCCUUAAACAUGUAGGUAUUUCAUCUCAACAUCUCUGGAGAGAUCUGUUUUUGAAGAAAUUGUAGCAGUCACAAAACCAGUAGUAAUGGACAGUACAACCAAUGCAAGCGUAAAACAAGAAUUCAAGUCAGAAAAGUAAAGAACUAAGCACCCGAGGACUACGGAAAAGUAUUUUCCAGGAAGAGAGAUUAAAGUAUUGAAACAAAAGGCUUCAAGGCCAAAAUAAACUAAUUUGAAAUGUGGAAGGAAUAUGCAGUUCAAACUCCUUAUCGUGCGAAGCCAUCAACUAAGGGAUGAAUAGGAUCAAGCAAUUAUUUAAUGGAAUCAAUCGAAGUGGGUGCAAAUGCUUUACAAGACAAGAAAAGUUGCUGAAUUUUCAAUACAAUGUUCAAUUUUUGUGCUUGUGUGAAUUUCAAGCAAGAAACCAGCGACGAGGAACGGCGGAGGGAUGCGUCGAUCAGGAAAAAAAAAUUCAAGAAGAGUUUAAAGGAGGCAUAUAAUGUUCCUUUGACUUUGGUUUCUCCACGUGAAUCUCUAAAUUACAGGGAGGAUCGAAUUAUCAAUCUAGAUGUAGGAGACCCAAUAAUGUACGAAAAGUUUUGGAAGAAAAUGGGGAAGAAAGCGACGAUAGUGAUAUCAGGGUGGCGAUACAUGAGUUACCUCUCCGGCGGCCAGAGUCUUUGCUGGUUUCUUGAGCCUGAUUUAUGCCAGCAAAUUCUCCGAUUACAUCGUGUCGUCGGCAAUGCCAUAACCGAAGGCCGUUACAUCGUCAUCGGGACCGGCUCCUCCCAGCUUAUACUGGCGGCACUUUAUGCCCUCUCUUCGCCCAAUUCUUCUCAACCCACCAACGUCGUCUCCGCCAUCCCAUACCAUUCUUCAUAUCCAUCCAUGAGUGACGACUUAAAAACAAGUGUUUUCAAAUGGGGUGGAGAUGCCACUACAUAUGAGAAAGAUGAACCUUAUAUAGAAAUCGUCACUUCUCCCAACAACCCUGAUGGUUCCCUACGUGAACCAGUGGUGAACCGGACAGGAGGCAAAGUGUUGCAUGACCUUGCUUACUAUUGGCCUCAUUAUACUCCAAUCACUGCUCCAGCUGACCAUGAUCUCUCUCUGUUUACUUCCUCCAAGUGCACUGGCCAUGCCGGCUCUCGAAUCGGGUGGGCUCUUGUAAAAGAUCCAGAAGUAGCAAUGAAAAUGGUGAAUUUCAUCGAGAUGAACACGAUCGGAGUGUCUAAAGAUUCUCAACUUCGCACGGCAAGGAUAUUGAGCGUAGUAUCAUCUAGUUGUGAACAAGCUGGGAGUUCAGAAUAUCCAGAAUCCUUUUAUGGAUUCGGCCAUCGCCUCAUGACAGAGAGGUGGAGCCGUCUCAAACAGGCCGUUAAACACAGCGGAAUGUUCACUCUCCCAGACUUCCCCACCGCUCACUGCACCUUCCACGGCCAACAAACUCAAUCCCGAACAGCUUUUGCAUGGCUAAAAUGUGAAGACGAUGAAGAAGACUCCGCAGCUUUACUCCAACGCCAUAGAAUAAUCGGUCGAAGUGGAGUAAGUUUCGGUAGCGAGGCGAACUUCGUACGUGUCAGCAUGAUGGAUCGAGACGACAACUUCGACUCCUUCGUCCAACGAAUAUCGAAAAUUACAAGGCUUUCUGAAGACUGAAGAAGCUACAUGUCGAUCCAACUUCAUACCAAUGUGAGAAUAUAAUCCAACCACCAGUCGCACCUGCAGUGAGCAAACCAAAUAUUACAUAGGAGUCGAAGGCCCUAUAGAUAUUAUAAUUUCAUUCUUUCAAUUUAAUUUUGAUAUUAAUAUAUGUAUUCAUUUAGAUUUAUAUUUGUAUUUGGUUAACUAGGUUAAAGAAUAUCUAUCAUAUUGUUACUCAUU